CUCUCAUCACAAACCACUUUAAUUUUCACCUUAAUUUCUUUUGAUAAUUUCUUUAACUGGCUUUUCUACUCUCUACAAUGGCCAAAAAUGUUGCUCAGUCUCCUCUUGAAAGAAACAGCUUGGCUUCAUUCGACCAAAAGCUAGCCAUGGCCAAGCGUUGUUCUCAUGAGGGGGUUAUCUCCGGAGCUAAAGCUGCUAUUGUUGCUAGUAUUGCCACUGCUAUACCAACUUUGGCUAGUGUGAGGAUGCUGCCUUGGGCUAAAGCCUAUCUGAAUCCUACUGCUCAAGCUCUCAUAAUCUCCACAGCGGCUGGGGCGGCAUAUUUCAUAGUCGCAGACAAGACUGUUUUGGCAUCUGCACGGCGAAACUCCUUCAAGAAUGGCUCAGUCUCUAUCACCCAACCAUGAUCACUAGCUUAGCACUAAAAUCGAUCUUAAC